UUCCGCUGUCGAUCGCCAUUGGCGCCAAAUGGCGCUAAAUUUUUUUAAGUGGCUCCAAUUUUUUUAAAGUGGCGAAUUUCAAAAAAUCGGUAAAAUCCUAUCCGAAAAUGUACUGCGAGUCGAAAAGCACGCGACCGAGCAUAAGCGGCCAGCGUUUGUCAGUUGUAAAUAUUGAUUUACGACGAUGUAAGCGACCUACAGUGUAGAGUGCACUGAAAUCACGGAAGCGUGAAAGUGUUACAGUCGGUGUUUUUACUGCUAUUGUCAAGUUUUAUGGGGGUUAUUAUCGGAUUAACGGUUCUUUUAUGAUAAAGAACACUCAAUUACGUAACACUUCGGACAAACUGGCACAAAGAUCAAUGAUUAUAACGAUAUAUAAGGCGGCUACUCUUUAAUCAAUACCAUGAACACCAGACUGCUGCUGAGGCGAUGCAGCUUCGGAAGGAUAUGGCGGCUGCCAGCAAAUCAUCAAUAUCAAAGAAUGAGGCAGCAGUGAAGGCAGCGCUCGCCAAUGUGCUGUUCCUGGCAAAGGAAGAUCUUCCGAACAGCUUCUUGCCAAGUUUCAACAACUUCCUGAUCUAUCAGGGUGUAUCACAGUUGGCUGCUUUGAGGGUAGAUGCCCACACCACAUACGAACACUCAGCAUCGGUGGACGAUUUCCAAGAGGCUUUGUCUGCCGUCAUAGAAGAUGAGCUGCUCACCAAGGUGAAGACAAGCGGCAAGUUUACUUUGAUGAUGGACGAAAGUACAGAUAUAUCUGUACAUCAAAACUUGAUCAUGUACAUUCGUUGCUUAGAGUUUGAUAGUUUAGGUAAUGCAGAACCUGUGACUCAUUUUUUUGCCAUUGAUAGUCUAGAAAGGGCAAAUGCAGAAUCAAUUCAUAGAAAGGUUUUGGACACUUUGUUAAAAAAGGGGAUAGACAUUUCUAAGCUUUGUGGGAUAAGUACAGAUGGGGCAGCAGUAAUGACGGGGAACAAGUCAGGGGUGGUAACAAGGUUGAAGGGGGAAGUACCUGGGCUGUUGGCUAUGCAUUGCAUAGCCCACAGACUAGCCCUUAGCUGUUGUACUGGGGCUGACUCAAUUCCUUACCUUGUCAAGGUUCAAGACAUCCUAAAUAGUGUAUAUAAGUACUUUCACUAUUCCCCCAAGAACACUGCCAUGCUGGAGGCAGUACAGAAGGCAACAUCUAGUCAGGUAAGUAAAUUCAAAGAAAUGUUCCAUACAAGAUGGCUCAGUUUCCACGGGUCUUGCGAGGCACUUCUCCAGAAUUACUCCAGUUUGGUGUCUGUGUUCCUCGAAGAGAAGUCAGGUAAGUCUUUGAGUUUGUACAAACCUAUCUCUUGCUUUAAGUUUCUUUUUGUGCUCCACUUUCUUUCUGACAUCUUGCUGCCUCUAUCUGUUCUUUCCAAGGCAUUUCAGAAGAAGGAUCUCGAUUUCGCUGAUGUGGCACCACUGCUGAACUCAACUGUCCAGACGAUUGAGUUGUUCUCACAAGGUAAGUGGGCUGGAAAGCUCUCCACAUUCCUUUCACAGGUCCCAGAUGAGCCACAGACUGGAGAUGAUGGACUGGAAACCUUUGAGUUCCAGGGCCAUACCAUCAGAGAUGGAGCCCAACAACGCAAAGAGGCAGUAAGUAUAGCCAAGUCUUUUUCAGCAGCCAUGAUCCGGACUAUACAUGACAGGUUUGUAGACAACGAUGAUGCAGCUAUACUGACUGCCCUGAGCAACAUCUUCAACCCCACAGUCAGGAAGGAUGACAAGGUAAGUGAUGAAUACCUAUGUAGUUUAGGUUUUGAGAGUUGCAGGGAAGACCUAUCCUUGUUUCUUGGCUACCUGCACUCUCUAGUAGACUCUGGUAAUCGAACCAUUAGGGGGUCAAGAGAUGCAGCCAACAUAGCCAUGAAGAAGAUGGACCUCUACCCAGCAGAAGCAGAAGCAGCAGGUAGGUUUUUAUUAGCCCCAGUGUCCACAGUCGAUUGUGAGAGAGGCUUCAGCAAGCAGAACAUCAUCAAGACAUGCCUGAGAAGUAAGUUGUCAGUUUCGACCCUUGACAAGUUAAUGAGGAUAUCUCUUGAUAGCAGAGCAGCUCAGGACUUCCCUCUUGACCAGGCAUUUAAGAAAUGGGCUGGGGCAAAGAACAGAAGAAUUUUAAAUCAUUGAGUGUUCAAAAUCUUUAACCAUGUGUGAAAAUGUGUGUACAAAUUACUGUUAAUUUAAAUUGAGAUGUGUAUCAUUUUUUUCCCUUUCAGUUUAUGUGCAUCAUAUUAGCCAAAUGACCAAAUGUAACUGUUAAACAAUUAAAUUUAGAUGUUUUAUUUUCUGAAAUGUAACUGUUAAACAAUUAAAUUGAGAGGCUUUAUUGACUGAUGUUUGAAUUUUUUCCCUUCCAGAUGAUGUACAUUUGUGUGAUUGUAUGUUUAAAUAAUUUUUUAUAAAAAAUGUAUGCAGCAUACUGUUCCAUUGAUGUUAACAUUAUUAGAUAAGUUUGGUUAUAUGUGAUUGUUUAUUGUGAUUGUGCAAACCAAUGUUUUUAUGUAUAAAUAAAGCUUAUUAAGACUUA